UUUUUGACCCACGAUGUCCGCCGUUCUCUCUCAAUUCACGGCCGGAAGGCCCCACCCCCGGCUCCGGAAGGGGAAUCGUGUAGCUACCUCUUAGUCGAGUAUAAAUCCAGACCACUUCACGAGUACCGCCAGCGUUUUCCUUUUGAUGACAACGACUACCCGGAACAAGUCGAGCAUCUUUGGAUCCUCCCGCCCGUGGAUUGGGUCUCUAAGACUGAACUUUCGUCCAAAUUGCAAACGAACGGCGGGAAGCAAGCGCCAUGGCCGCGGAUCACCAGUUUAAGACAACAGCGUCACAGUUCGCCCACUUCUGCCUGGAUCCCGACGUUGCCGAGCCCGGCCCCAAUGAUACGCCCGCUCUCAAGAUUGCCGGUGUCGGUGUUCCCCCGACUCCGUUCGGCCCAUCCGUGACAGUGACUGAGCUUCCAUCACCGCCAGCCUCACCAUCCCCGACCCAAACCGCGGUCAUGAUUGAGACAGCUCUCGAAGAACCCGCAUCCCCCACGCGGGCAGCGCCGGGCACAUUCCCGUACUUCCCUCUCCUUCCGGCGGAGCUGCGUCUCAAGAUAUGGCACAUGUCGUUUCUGCCACGCACGGUCGAGCUCCACACCCGGCGGGCCCACUACGCCGACGACGAGAACCUGCGCCUGCGCAGCGCGACGCCGAAAUGGCAGAGCCUGUCCAAGAACCCGGCGGCGCUGUCCGUCAACGCCGAGGCGCGCGCCGCCGCGCUCGAGCACUACACGGUCGCGCUGCCGCUGUUCGCGCCGCCGUCCAAGGCCCAGAACGAGCGCCCGGGGGACCUGCUGCAGAUCAGCGACCGCGUGCUGUACCUCAACCUCGAGCAGGACACGGUCGUGCUGCUGGGCGACCUGCACUACACGCGCCUGACCCGCCUGUUGGACUGGUUCCGCAAGAUGGACAACAAGCCGACGCGGGGACAGCAGCGCCGCCGGGAUGCGGACGACGCUACUACCAGUCCCAGUACCAGGGGCAAAGGGCUGCGGAGGUUGGCGAUGAGCGUGGCGCUGUGGGCGCACGAGGUCGGCGCCGCCACGCUCAAGGCCUUCGCGCGCACCGUGUUCGCCGACAUCGAGGAGUUUGUCCUGUUCAUGUACUCCGAGCGGCUGCCCCCGCCCACCUGGGGCGGCGGGCUUUGCUUGUUGGAGGAGGCCGCCGCCGAUGCCGACUAUUACCGGCGCUUCCUCAUCGGCAGGGGCAGGCAGUUUCGCGUCGGGAAUGACUGGAUGGUCGUCGGACAACGGCCGAUGAAGGUGGCGGAUAUCUGCUUCGAAGAAGGCUGGUGAUCGGUCUUUUGUUCCUUUUCGACGUUGUUUUUGUCAGGGUUCGUUUUUUUUCGUUACCGGCGUGGGUUCCUGCCGGGUUAGCCAUAUCCAUGGGAAUAGGUAUAUACGUCUUCGAUAGUUGUGACGUCUUCGGCAGGGUGCUGGGAAGUUGGGUAGUGGUUCAGAUACCCGACCAUCAGGGCCAGCCUCUCUAUUGGCGCUUUUUAUGGUACAGCAUUUAUACACGUCUAUCAUUA